GCCGCACCGAGGGCAGGUAACUCAGGAGAGGCGAAGGGGGAAAAAAAAAAAAAGCCCAGGCUCAGGCUGGGCUUCUGCCAUGAUGUCAGAGGGAAAGAAACCCACAGCUUGCUAAUUUCACCUCCCAAUCGGCCCCGGGAAGAAGGAGAUCACCGGGAACAGUUGUUUCCCCCUGUGGUCAUGACGGCUUCGCACAGUGACUCUUUGGUGGUGUUGUUUGGGGCAACAGCUGGUGCAUAUGGGGCUAAACUGGGUUCGGAUGAGAGGGAACUAAUUCUCUUGGUGUGGCAAGUUGUGGAUCUCCCCAGCAAGAAGGUAGGGACGCUACACAAAUCCCUGGUGAAAGCAGACAAUUUGGAGUUAAGUGACCAAUGUCGUGAAGUGAGUGGUUUAACACCAGAGGGACUGGGCAAAGCUGAGCCUCUGGACCGGGUUCUUCAACAGUUUAUUCAGCUGGUAUCCAGUGAUUUGAAAGCAUUUGGAAGGAACUCUUACACACUCUGCAGCGAUGGCCAGUUACUCAUUCGACAAGUCCUCCACCCAGAAACAUCUAAGAAGAACUUCCUGCUGUCAGACUGCUUCUAUUCCUUCUAUGAUCUGCGCAAAGAGUUUCACACGUGCUACCCUGGGUCAGCCGCCGUGAAAGAUCAGACUAUCAGGAGCAUGGCAGAAUAUCUAGGCUUAGGGACAGAUGAAACAGAGGAGGACUUUGGCGUGUGGCAAGUAAAAACAAUGGUGGCUAUCAUUUUCAGCAUGCUUUCUGAAAAUUGUGAUCACGUAUUCACUGACCCUGAAACUGUGAAAUACAAGUACGAAACAGGCCCUUGCAGUAAAUCAGAAACAGUGGAUAGUGAGACAGUAAUACGUGCCAGAGGUUUGCCAUGGCAGUCUUCAGACCAAGAUAUUGCCCGAUUUUUCAAAGGACUCAAUAUUGCCAAAGGUGGUGUGGCCCUUUGUCUGAACGCUCAAGGAAGAAGAAAUGGUGAAGCAUUAGUUCGAUUUGUCAAUUCUGAACAGAGAGAUCUGGCACUGGAAAGACAUAAGCAUCACAUGGGUAGCAGAUACAUUGAGGUUUACAAAGCAACUGGGGAAGAAUUCUUAAAAAUUGCAGGAGGUACCUCCAAUGAAGUGGCCCAGUUCUUAUCUAAGGAGAAUCAAGUUAUCAUCCGGAUGAGAGGCCUUCCAUUCACUGCUACUCAGGAGGAUGUUUUGGGGUUCCUGGGGCCAGAGUGCCCAGUCACAGGAGGGAAAGAAGGACUUCUCUUUGUCAAGUACCCAGAUGGCAGGCCCACAGGAGAUGCAUUUGUGUUGUUUUCCUGUGAAGAAUAUGCACAGAAUGCACUUAAAAAGCACAAAGAAAUACUUGGAAAGCGUUACAUUGAACUCUUCAGGAGUACCGCAGCAGAAGUCCAGCAGGUACUUAAUCGGUACAUGUCAACACCUCUUAUUCCCACCCUCCCAGCUCCCAUCAUUCCUGUUAUACCCCCACCAUAUACAAUUGCCACGGGUAGCAUACGUGACUGUGUCCGGCUCAGAGGCCUUCCUUACACUGCUGGCAUUGAUGAUAUCCUGGACUUCAUGGGAGAUGCCACAGCUGAUAUAAAGCCUCAUGGAGUUCACAUGGUCCUUAAUCAACAGGGACGACCAUCAGGUGAUGCUUUUAUCCAGAUGAAAUCUGCUGACAAAGCCUUUAUAGUGGCUCAAAAAUGUCACAAAAAAAUGAUGAAGGACCGUUAUGUGGAAGUAUUCCAGUGUUCAGGAGAGGAGAUGAACUUUGUUUUAAUGGGUGGCACUUUAAAUCGUAGUGGCUUAUCCCCACCGCCAUGUAAGUUACCAUGUCUUUCUCCACCAGCUUAUGCUGCUUUUCAAACAGCAGCUGUGAUCCCAGCAGAAGCAGCGCUUUACCAACCACAAGCCCUCUUGCCAGCAGCCAGGACUCCCCAGGCCUCGGCUGCUGCUCCUCCAGCUGUUACCUACUACCCGGCUCAGGCUGCUCAGCUUUAUAUGAACUACACAGCUUACUAUCCCAGUCCUCCAGUAUCCCCUACCACAGUGGGAUAUAUUGCAGCUCCUCCAGGAGCUGUAGCUGCUGCUGCCACUGCCACCCACACUCCACUUCUACCCCAGCCUGGAGCAUUAGUCCGUAUGCAGGGUUUGCCAUAUAACACAGGAAUGAAGGAGAUUCUAAGUUUCUUCCAGGGAUACCAGCUCCACACAGAUUCCAUCCUCAUGCUUUACAACUUUAGUGGCCAGCCCAGUGGAGAGGCAUUGGUGACUUUCCCAAGCCUGGAUCUAGCUAAGAAGGCAGUGGCUGAGAAAAAUGGACAGCUCCUGGGAGGCUGCUGUGUGGAACUGUUUCUGGUCUAACUAAACACUCUCUGGGGCAGGGGGAAGGAAUGUCACACUGAACACUGUACCCUUUACAAAAUAAGGAGUCUUCCCUUGCCACCCCUGCAGCAGCAGAUGUGCCUUUUCAGCAUGCUGUGUUGGAAUGUAGAGUGGUACAUGUCCUGUAUUUAAUUUGAAAAAGGGUGUAUUGUAUGCCAAAGAUAAAGCAACAGGAAAAUGUACUCAGUUAAUUUUCUUAAUCUCUUAUGUACUUGUUUGAAAAUAAGCAAACCCCUUAUUGGCAACUUGUUAAUUCUGAAGACAAUCUAAUAGCACUUCAGCUAUCGCAGCCGUGGGAGAAACCUAUCACCUGUUCAGUAGCAUUUGAAGUGGAAAGUGAAGCUUGAGUCAUUCAGAUUCUUCUGUGUUUAGUUUCUGAGAGUUUACACUUGGCAAAGUGUCUGUUUUUUGUAGAAUUGUGAAAUGUCUUUAUAAAGGGCUUUUGGAACGUGUAGCGUUCCCAAUUCAACACAUAUAUCUUAUUGAUUUUUUUUGUUGUUGUUGUUGUUCUUGACUGGAAAAUACCAGGAUGCUGGACCCCAAAUGCAGUUGUGCUUUCUCAUGUUUUCAUUAUGUUGUUUUGCAAAAGCCAUAUUUGUCUUUCCUACCAGUGUACUGCUGCCAAAUAUGUAGAGCAAAAAAUAAAAACAAUGGCAAAAACAGAAAAAUCCUCCCUGCCCAACCAUAAUUCCCUACCCCGACCCCAAAUUGUUAAUCUCUACAGGACAAAAAUGGCACAUAAACCUGAGUACUAAUAAGUUAUAUUUUUUUAUUUAAGCAUAAUAGCUUUCAAAUACUGUAUUAAAGAUUUUGCUCUAGUUUAUGUGCAUGCAAUUUGUUUACAUCUUUAAACUACUAUUUGUAUAUUAUGAAACAACAAGAUAUGUUGAAAUCUAAAUUCUCUAGUGCAUGCUUUUUUCUUUUUCUGUGUGUAUAUACAUAAGCUAGAAGUACUUUAUGUCAUGUAGCAUGCGUUUAAAAAAAGAAAGACAUCUGCUGUAGAAGCACUAAAUGACUUUGUUUUUACCGUGCCUUACUUCAAAACUAUUUCAAGUGCAAUACCAGCAGAGCAAAACGUAGUGAGUCCUUUUGUGACACGUUCAUGGAUGUCUGGAUUGAUUUUUUUUGUUAGUGUACAAUGUGUUGUACUUAAAGGAACUGAAUGAUGUAUGCUUCUUUAUAUUACAACGAAUAAAAGAGAUGCUUACGAUGUG